UAAAAUUUAGUUGUCCUGAAGCACCACCAGGAACACCAUGGCAUAAGUAACCAUGGAAACCAAUACUCGACUUGUUAGAGUUGUAGGCUAUUUAUUAAAGGUGCUGACUUGGCUCUGGCUGUCAAUUUUAGCUACAAAGUGUUUCUCAAAUGCACGAAGAUAAAAAAUCGACGUCUCCUAUUAAGAGCAAUGGAACAAAAACAACGUCAAGAUUCAAGAAGCAGGGUGGAUGGGCGGAUGAAACACAACAGUCGAACAAAGCUUUGAGCGCACUAGAAAAGAGGUUUUCUUCCAUAAAAUUGAAGAAGCAAGAAUCAGAAGAAGAAGUUCCUGUUUCAACCACCAGUGACUUAAGCAAUGAAGAUGUAGAUGAUCUCAACAUUGUCAGCAACUUAAAAACAGAAAAUCAUAACCGAGCUGCUGCAUACAAAGAGUUAAAUGCCAAUAGCAUUUCUAAACAAAAUAUGGCUCAAUAUUUAGAAGGGGUAGAUUUAAGGAUUCUAACAAAAAAUAUAUUACCUGAGUCUCAAUUGAAAGAAGCAGAUGUACCAUGGAAUUGGGAUGUUUUAUUUGCUGAAAUGGUGCCUGAAUUAUUCUUGGGUAGAGAAAAAUCUCCUUUUUAGUACAAUUACUCAUUUUUACAACUUGUUUUAUUUUUAUUGGACAUUCUAAUACAUAACAUGCACACUUCUGAAACAAA